AUGGACUUCUGCACCCUGGGCAUGUUCAUCAUCGACGACAUCUAUCCUCCUCCAACAGCAGCGGACCAAGAGCCUCAACUCAAUGUUGUCGGUGGAGCAGGUACUUUCGCCGCUGUAGCUGCUCGCCUCUUCUCUCCUCCACCGGAAUCAAAGACCAUUGGCUGGAUCGUAGACGCUGGAACGGACUUCCCCCGGGAGUGUCGCGCGGUGUUAGAAUCAUGGGAGACAGGUGUCUAUCUGAGAGAGAGACCAGCACCUACCACUCGCGGCUGGAAUGGCUACAGCGGCAACGAGCACAGGACAUUCAAAUACAUCACCGAAAAGAAGCAGCUGACCUAUACCGACCUCACGCCAGACCUCCUAGCUGCCAGAUCGUUCCAUCUCAUCUGCAGCCCAACAAGAUGCAUCGAGCAAGUGAAGGGCAUCCUCGCCCGACGGCAGGAGACCUAUGGUAACUCGGACAUGCCUCGACCCAUUUUCGUAUGGGAGCCCUUUCCGGAUCUCUGCAUCCCGUCUGAGCUCCAAUCGACUUACGAGGCCCUCAAAUAUGUGGAUGUCUUCAGCCCGAAUCACGACGAAUUGGCCUCCUUCUUUGGCUUCACACAUAAUGUCUCAGUCGCCAAGACCGCCGUGGAGAACCACGCGCAACGAUUCCUGGAGAACGGAAUAGGCAGCGACGGUAACGGUGCAGCGGUCAUCAGGGCAGGAGCAUCAGGCUGCUUCGUACUUGCACCGUCCACCCGUCAGUGGCUGCCUGCGUUUCACGAGAGUGCUCAGAAAGUUGUGGAUCCCACCGGCGGCGGAAAUGGGUUUCUCGGCGGGCUUGCUGUUGGACUUGCAAGGACUGACUUCGAUGUAUUGGAGUCAGCUAGGUGGGCAGCCGUGGCCGCGGCAUUUUGCAUUGAGCAGACUGGCAUGCCUACACUGCAGCCACGGACAGACUCAGGCACGCCGGAGACCUGGAACGGAGUUGAUGUGUUUGAGCGACUGGAUGAGUACCGCAGACGUACAUCUUGA